CAGUGUCAAAAACUUGUCAUUGCUCUUAAAAGUCAUAACAAUAAAAAUUAUAACCAAUAUUUAUAUUUUAGUUUGGCAAUUGGAUAUAUUAUGAUUAAACUUGUAAUUAUAUACAAUGACUACGGUAUUCUCAAUUAAAGAUAUUCCAGAAUUUUCACAAAAGGAAAAGAUUGUAGUAGUAGGCAUUAUUGGAAAAUCGCCGUUUCGAUAUCCAAAUAAGACAUCACCACUGCUUUCUUCAGUACAAUUUAAAGAAAAUGACAUAGAAUGCCAUUGGGAUGAAAGACGGAGUAUUUUAUAUCUUCAUGCAGUCACUUACUUCGACACUGCGAGAUUGGCAGCAUUGGCAGCAGAUUUGAAUGAGGAAUCUCAGAGCACGGUCAAAGAUGCUGAUGCUGCUCACUGGCUCGUUGCUUCUGGAGAGUUGGCGAUAGAUGCAUGCAGGGCUAUGGCAUUGAUAUUUCAUUUGUGCCAUAUUGUGAUUCUUUCAUUACCAACCCCUGUAUUUGAUCUCGGAUAUUUACAGCUUUUUAAAGCUAUUGAUGCUUACAGAACAGAGGUAUCAGCACAAAUUACAAGCGCUUUACACCAAUCAUGGGCAGCUGCUUGGCAGCAUGGUCGGUUAUGCUGUCCUCGGCUGCUAUUUCACUUCAAACGAGCCCCCACUCCACUUAGAGCUGAUCCCGCUGGCCUGAAGAGAUUGGAACAUGCUGUGGAGGAUCAGAUAUACUUCAUACUCCGGAAAUCCCGACUUAUAACUAAUGUCUGUGCCAAAUCUCUAUUUGCUAUACCUAAGAAUGAGGAGUUUGUGUAUAUAAGCGCUGAGGAGGUGGGAUCGGCUCGCGACACUAGUUCGUUACUCCGUGGCUUAGUGCAGAUGUGUUCCGGUUCAGGCGCCCCGACCUCAUCAGACCGACCCAGCUUCAGACGUUUCCUUCAAGGUCACCUGAAUUUAGCUUUCGGCGAAGGCUUUGACGACAAUGUUGGCAAGUACGCCAUGAGCACGUCAUAUUUUGAGCUACCCUCAGCAUCAUGUUGGCGGGGCGCGGCACGUGUCUUACACCGUCAAUACUCCCAGCAGUCGACCGUCCUCUUCGACGCCCUGGCCACAGACGUGAGGUUCUCUCAGGCCAGAUGCGCGAAGGUGUUACCCAUAGCACAGGCCUCCUACGCGGAGGGACUGCCUCCUCACUACUCCAGCCAGCACCACGCGCAUAAGCUGGUGGUAGCGCUCGGUGUAGUUGAGGCGAUGGCCCGAGGUCCCCUCGCUGGUGGUGCCCGAGCUCGACUUCGGGCCGCCUGCGACACCAUCAGACGAGCUAGGGAACUGUGCGAGGAACCCAGCCUCACACACCACCCUUGUAUACAUCCCAAACACGACAGUUCCAAAGAGCAUUCAUCGGGAGUGCGUUAUGUGAGUGCGUGCAACUGCGGCCGCACGCGUGUGUCACGCGAGGACCCGUACUGUGCGCGAUCAGCCAACUACACCUUCUACACCCUGGCCGCUGAGCAGUGCAACUGUGACACCUUACAAGCGAUCAGCUUCCCCGUCUUUCAACCUUCAACCCCUACAUUCAGGGCAGCGUCAGUUAAAGGUGCUACUGUUAAAACUCAAGAGUUGUCCGAAGUACGACAGCAGUUAGAGGUCACGGAGGCCGAGUCACCCCAAGGGGAAGGCUCGCAACGAGGCUCCUGGUCACCCCCAGACGUGCUGUCACCUGGAUCAGCGAGAGACGAAGAUGAAGAGGAUCCUGAGGAUUCCAGCGAUGAAGGAAUAGAGGUCGUCACAGUACAGGAUAACGGCACUACAGAGAAAUCGAUAAGUCGUCAACCGUCGACGACGGAGUAUCUCCCGGGUAUGCUACACACGGGCAGCCCGGCCGCCCUGCUCCCCGCCUUCCCGAGCUGGUCGCUCGUGUGUCUCGGCGCUUCAUCGCUGUACUCACACAGCGCAGGACUACCGGAGCAUCUUCAGCCUGGUUUCCUGCCUCACACCAACUACCUCUUGCCGUGGGAUUGUGCCGUGCGCCUGGAGCGUCCCGAGCGAGGGGACCUGGGGGUGUGGAGGGGCAGGGGCAGGGGGAAGGCCCCCUCGCAGAGCCUUACAGUCAAGAUAUUCAUAGGAUACGAAUAUGAGUGUCCAAGAGGGCACAGGUUCAUGAUGUCGUCACCCGACACGGUGGUGUCAGGAGGCUCAGGGUGGUCCCGGGAGGCGGGCGAGGCCGGGGCCGGAGCCCUACUCGCCUCGAGUUCCAUGCCAGUGCUGUCCUCGUGUUUAUGUCGAGCGGCCCAGCCCGCACACCUCGCACGACUGCACGUCGUCACACCGAAGGCUUCUAUACACGUCACGCUCGACCCUAAGGUGCAGCCAGUCCCAGGCGGUCCAGUGUUUAUUCCUCAGCCGGUCGGAUCGCCGCCCAUCAAGCUGAGCUCCUCAGCCUACUGGGUGCUUCGGUUCCCGUACGUGUAUGCCCACGAGCACGGCGCUCUGCCCCGAGCGAGACUCCCGCCCGCCGGAAAUGUUCUUCAACCAAUGUUCGGACUACAGGAAUAAGGCUGUGAUGGAUUCACUUUAGUCUGCAGAUUUGGGCUCAACUGAAUGUAGGCCUUUCAGGGUUAGGGCAGGUUAAAUGUGGACUCUUCGCAGUGUGCAGGAAGAAGGUUCUGGUUCUCCAAGAACAACUCUUGGAUUUGAUGAGAAGUUCUUGUCUGCGGAAGUAAGUCCAAAAGUGACCUCAACAACUCAUCGCUGCUGGUAUUACGAGCUUGCUGAAGCAAUGUAAUAAUGAACUCCACGCUUACCUUUGUCAUUAUAUACAGUGAAUAUUGUGUUUAUAUAGUGCAUAAGAAAAAAUGAGACGACACUAUAA